AUGUUGAACCUGCAGGAAUGGCAGAAGCUCCCAAUUGGACUCGGCGAACUCUGCAUCAACACUACGCUCCGUUGCGGCCAGUGCUUCCGAUGGCGCAAAUCUGAUCAAGGUGUCUGGUCAAUCGCCCUUCACGGCCGCAUCCUAGCAUUACACCAAGAUCCCGAAUAUCUUUACUACCGUUCCAUCGCUCCUGCAAAACAAUCGCCAACCGCAAAACCAACCUCUGACCACGAUGCUCUACCACUUCUCAGACAUUAUCUGAAUCUUGGUCCCAACCUCACUCAACUAUACACCGAAUGGUCUUCUGCAGAUGCAAACUUCAGUCGCAAGGCUCCCAAGUUCGCCGGCAUCCGCAUCCUCAAGCAAGAUGCAUGGGAAGCCCUCGUAGGCUUCAUCUGCAGUUCAAACAACAACAUCGCCCGCAUAUCUCAGAUGGUCGAGAAGCUAUGUACAAACUAUGGCCCACUGAUCGGUCGGUUUGACGACAAAGACUACUACGACUUUCCCACUCCAUUAUCAUUGGCCAAACCAGGCGUCGAGCAACACUUGAGAGAGUUGGGCUUCGGAUACAGAGCAAAGUACUUGUACAAGACAGCGUGCAUGGUUGCAGAGAAAGAAGAUGGCUGGCUGGACGCUCUGCGGAACCCUGAGAACCCUGUGCUAGGCGUGCAGCCGGCACCAGCAGGCGAAUGGGCAAACGAGGGAAGAGAAGGUUACAGAAAAGCACAUGAAGAACUGCUUGCACUUCAAGGUGUAGGACCAAAGGUCGCCGAUUGUGUCUGUCUCAUGGGUCUAGGCUGGGGGGAGGCUGUCCCCGUGGAUACACAUGUCUGGCAAAUCGCCGUUCGCGACUACAAGUUCGGCAAAGGCAAGCACUCGAGUCUGACCAAAGCUACUUACGAUGCUGUUGGAAACAAGUUCCGUAGCCUCUGGGGUCAAGAAGCAGGCUGGGCGCAUUCAGUUCUCUUCACAGCUGACCUCAAGGCUUUCUCUGAAAGACUCGUUGCCAAGACAGAGGUCAAGGAAGAGGUCAAAGAAAUCAAAACUGAAGAUGGCGUGCCUGUAGAAGAGACCACCGUCGAGGAGGAAAAAACUCUGAUCAAAGGCAUCAAGAGAGAAGCUGAAGAGGAUGAAGAAAAACUCGUCGAGACAAAGCACAACAUUGUCAAGAAAGCGAAGAGAAGAAAGAAAGCAUCAUAUUGA